UCUCAGAAAGAGAUAAUAUUAGGAAACCAAGUUCGAACGGUAGAGCGUUUUUAUGACGCGGGAAAACGUCUAUGGUUAACACUUUCUAUAUCGUCAUGAAUUAAGACGUAGAUUAUACACCAUGUUAACCUGGCCGAGGAACAAGACACCUCUCAUCCAACAACCAGCCAGUACCACAGACGACAAGGUUGACUAUGAUAAGUCAAAAUGCGGGACGGUGAAGAGACACAACGUAUGUGGCCAGGUGAUCGCUGCCAAGGUCACUCUAGUUGGGAAUCUCAGUACCGGCAAGACGUCGCUGGCCCUCCGGUACUGCCGUGGAGACAUAGACAGAGAUCCGAAACCAACCGUGGCUGUUGACUGGCUGCACCACAGCGAGACUGUCAACAACCGCCGGGUGAACCUGCAGAUCUGGGACACAGCAGGCCAAGAGAAGUUCGAGGCCGUUAUGCCAAGCUUUCUCCGCUCCUCUGCCGUCGUACUCCUCUGUUAUGACGUCACUGAUGUGAGAUCCUUUAUGUCGAAGACGAAAUGGCUUGAAAUGAUCAGAGGAGAGGUUCCGGAUGCCCCUGUGUUCCUCGUGGCGAAUAAAGUGGACAAGUCCGACAGGAUUAUCUCAAAAGAGGAUGGGGAAGUGUUUGCCCGACAAAACAGGCUGGAGUACGUUGAAACGUCAGCUAAAACAGGACACAAUGUUGAUGGCCUUUUUUAUGAGAUUGCCGCACGGAUGGCAGACAUGUGGAAGAUGACGUAUGUUGAUGCCGAAGACUUCAGCAACAUCGCCAUUCAUGAAGAUAAGAAAGACCGGAAAAAAUGUCCAUGUUGAUGGAUUGAGUUCAUGUGUCGUUUACCUUGAUAUGCUGGGAAUAGGUAAGCGACUGGAUAUCUGUGAGACAUUUGGACAUCUGUGAGACAUGUGGAAAUCUGUGAGACCUCUCGAAAUCUGUGAGACGUCUCGAAAUCUGUGAGACAUGUGGAAAUUUGUGAGACGUCUCGAAAUCUGUGAGACAUGUGGAAAUCUGUGAGACGUCUCGAAAUCUGUGAGACAUCUGGAAAUCUGUGAGACAUCUGGAUAUCUGUGAGACGUCUGGAAAUCUGUGAGACAUGUGGAAAUUUGUUAGACAUGUGGAAUAUGUUUUUUACAUCUGGACAUCUGUGAGUCAUCUGACCCUCGGAUACAUCAGUACGUCUGUGAGACAGGGAGCAUUAUGGCAAGAAACAGUAACUCUUACAGGGCAAAUUGGCAGUCCGAUGUGGUUUCAUGCCGUUGGAACAGACUCUGAUUGUCUGCUGCUGUGACUGGAUCAUGUAGAACAAUAUACUGGUAGCAAUAAUUACAAGGAGAAAUUUCACAAAUUGACUUAUAACAAUAUCUAGACCCGUGGGACCCGGGUAGAAUGUGUCCCCAGCACCCCAUAACGACUAAGUGGGAACAUGAGGGGAUACCGGGUUACAAUUGGUCCUUAUAUUAUACAGAAAGAUGACAUUCUUAUUCACAAAUGGCUGUUAUGUUAAUACUGCUUUAUGAGAUAACAAUGAUUUUUAAAUGAGUAA